AUGCUACUGGUAUGGACGCCGUCUGUUGGCUCCCUGAAACUCUGCUCUCGUCUCAUUGACCACUGGGCGCCCUGUCUCCUCUCCGCUACUGCAGCCUAUGCCAUCUCUGUUGCUCACAGCUCCUUCCGUGCCCCUAAAGAGUACCAUGACGUCCUGUCUUCUUCUAGUCGUUUAGCACUUCUGAGUUCAUGCCCCAUGUCCGGCUGGCAUAGGACCGGUGGGGCCUUUCUACAAGAAGAGAAAAAUAGAGAGCAUAGUGACUCUCUCCGUGUUAUGAAGACAUGCAAGAGGAAACCAGGCGUGCGUUUGUUUGCAGAGUCGUUAAGUACUUUUGGUGGGACAUUUGACCAAAGGAAGCAGCUGGCAGGUCUGUACUUCUCCCUUGACCGUGGGCCCCAUCUUGAGAAUGUGAUUCAGCGCCACCUUGCCGCCAGCAUCAGGGUCCUUGGCGGUUUACUCUUUGCGCAGGUACAGUCGGCGGGGCGGAAGCGGAGAAUUGAGUUUGAGACGGUGACGAAAGGCGGUAGCGAUGGAUUGCAGCGAUUACGUGCGAAGGGCGAUGCCGCAGUGGAUCCUACCCCGAGGAUCGUGCCACCGUCGCUCCCACCGUCUACGGUCGUCCGCUCUCCGUCGUCCUUGGUAUGGUUGAGCUCGUACUCGUCUCACACUCGUAUUACAGGUCAGAUUUCCUUACUUCCCUUUUCCCUCCCAGAAGUUGGCGUCGGCCUUAUUUCUUAG